UCUACAUUGCUUGCAAUCGGCAUUUAAAAUAGCUCACAUGUGACGUGAUGUUUAGAUUGUAGUUAAUUGGGCAAGCUGAUACUUCGCAACCUAAAAUAAAAUCGUGCACGGUCGCCACGACGCCAACGACGCGCCGUUCUCGCGUGUCUUCUUCAAAAAGGGUUACCGGAACCCCAACGAAUGUGCGAAGUCUGGACGGUCUGCUGCAUUUGAGAACCGCGAGACAAGUUCUUGUUACUUUGCUGAACUCUUUUUAAUAUCAUCUCUGCUCUUGAUUCAAAUAGCCUUUGAGCUUCUAUAGCAGUCAAGCGCCCGAGAGGAGACGAGAGAUGCGAAGCGCCUGUCGCAAAGAAGCGGCUCACCCCGCGAUCGCUAUCAGGGAUCCUGUCAAGGAAGCGUUAGUGAACGAGUCGGGGAGUUGUGGAAGAUCUCCCGUUGUCGAUUUCUUCGUCUCUGCUUGGGAGCGACAGCCGAAAAUGGACUACGACAUAAACGUUAUAAAGGAAGGGUACUCGUUGUUGAGCAAGGACGGCCGCACCAUGGUAGCGAAUGGGACAUCCACCCUUGUACGUGGACCUGGCUUCAACAUCAUUGUGGAUACAUUGUCUGCUUGGGACAAGGACUUCCUUGUGGAAAGUCUCUCAAGGCUCGGCGUGUCCUGUGAUGAAAUCAACUAUGUGGUCUGCACCCAUGGUCAUUCAGACCACAUCGGAAACCUGAAUCUGUUCCAGAGGGCCACCCACAUCAUUGGCACCACAGUGUCCAGUGGAGACGUAUACCAGCUGUGCACUUUUGAAAACGACGAGCCUUAUAGGAUUGCAACUGACGUCCAAAUCAUUCCCACACCAGGCCAUACCUUGACUGAUGUCAGUGUCGUGGUGAAAACAGCAAAACUGGGCACAGUGGCCAUAACAGGCGACUUGUUUGAGAAGGAGGAGGACAUUGACAACCCCAAGCUGUGGAAGGAGGUAGGUGGCAGCGAGGACCCACAACAGCAGUGCAAGAGCCGCCAGAUGAUCCUAGAUGUAGCCGACUACAUAAUCCCCGGCCAUGGACCCAUGUUCAAGGUCACCGAGGAGAUGCGAGAGAAGCAUGCGAACCUCUUGGAGUCUCACAGCAUCGAGGAUGGCAAUUGACGCUGCACCUCAGCUAGGAUGUUGUGUCGUAAAGCCCAUAUUCAGCUUUAGUUAAUUAUUAUAGACACUGUCUGUGAUGAUGAAUGCGAAGUGGCAGGCAUAGAAUUGGGCAUGUCACCACAGACUAUGCCCCUCUUUCCUGUGAGUGAUUUCUGUGUCCAGGCUGACUGCAGAAUGUGCUCUUACAGCAGUAUUAUUAGAAUAGUUUUGCAACAAGGAAUUACAGAUUUGUACGCCUGACUGUAUACAUGUUAUAAAGAUCAGAUUGAGAGCCCUACAAGGGAUACCAAUGGCCAUCCUCAGGAUUUUUUUGAAUGCUUUGUUAAAAUGUAAAGCAGGGGAGAAAAUUAACUAGUUCCUCAAACAAGAGCUAGCUCAUGCACUGACCUGCCCACUUGCAUAUCAUCCCAACUGCAGCAACGAGGUGUGUUGAAUUCCUAAAUUAAGAUAACCAAGUACAGUGUACCUCAUUUUUCAAACAUUUGUCUGCUUUAAAGUUUGCUUUUAACAAGCGCUUUGCAUGCACUGUAAUUUUUUUUUAACAUAUACAUAGGAAUGCCUAUUCUUUGCUUAGAUUUGUUCUCGUGGUUAUUGCUUUAAGCUUAAUCGUAAAAGAAGUACCCCAGAAUGACCCGAAUGUUUUUCUUGUAAAAUGAUGCUCCAUAGUUCUUCAAGGCUACAGUAUCCAUCUGUAGCUUAAGGCCUCCCGUGUCAACCUGACAAAGGUCGUAGCUUAACACAAAAUUGUUUCCUAGCCAAGAGUGUAUGUAACCUGAGAGCACUCUUUUCCUGCCACACCCCACAAGUUCAUUUUUGUAGUUCAAGGAAGGCAAAAUUUUAGCUCGGAGUAAUCCACCACACGGUUGAAUAAUGACUUAUGAGAAAUUCUGCACUGAACCAGCCAUAACAUUAUGUUGAAAUUUCGGUGCUAAAAGUAGACAAGGAUGGAAAGGAACCACACGACACAAGCACUAAUGUUAUUUUCGACAUCAACAUGAGCAUGAAAUUUCGACACGAACGCGUAACUACCCACUCAGUAUAGGGUACCCUCUUCAGCAUAAUUUCAUCAAAAAGCUAGGAAUUAAAUUUCAUGUGUCUUAGUCUUAUUAAUUUAAGUCAAGUGACUAAAUAUCGGCAGAUUAUUGUUAGAGAUGCUGCAUAUGCUUUAUGAGUGCCAACCAAUAGAUGAAAUGGUGCUUAUCAAUUUGAUGUAGUAUGAAAGCUGGUAAUCAUAAUUACAGUCGGCAUCAAACGUUUACAGACCUCUAGAUUUUACAGACCAUUGGCGCGCCCAGUAAUGUGAUGAAGCACGCGCUAGGGCGCUCUUCUGUGCUCCUUUUAAGCCAGAUGAGAAAGGAGAGUGCGACGCCACUUGGCUUACUCCAGUUCAGUCUCGGCUUCCCACACGUCUUUCUUAGUCAUGUUUAUGGCACGGGACGUUAAGAUAGCUAGUGACGAAUCGAACCUUGGCCUUUGGCUCGGGUUUCGCCAAAAAGCAGUUCAUGGGAGCAAGAAAUUUUGUUCAAAAUAACCAUUGCGCCGUUUUUGGAAUUAUAAUUCGUUUCUCUAUUAAAAUACAUAGGACUUUGCUAGGAUCAACAGAGCUGUGAGAAGUGUGCAGAUGAAAAGGAGAACGGGAAGGGGGGUUGAUGUAAAUCGCGCCAUCUAAUACUCAUGUUCGAGGGGGACAGCGUGAGGCGUGCCAAUGAAUGGUGGUGUAGGAAAAAAGUAGGUCAAUGGAGGAGUAGGGUGUGAGAGGAGUUCGCAUUAGCGUUGGUUGUAUAUAUGGGGCUUUAGGUUAGUGGUCCUGCACAUUUCAUCCCAGCUACAACUAUGGAAAGACCACUAGUAGUGUGUACUCCUGAGGAAGAAGCUGCCUACUGCGAGCGUGAGCGAGAGUUGGUUCGUGAACGGGCUCGUCGUCGUAUGGUCGACCCCGAGCUGCGUGCCAGAGAUGCUGAGUUUAAACGGCAGUGCCGGGAGGCCGAUCCCAAAGUGCCAACCGAGGCGCAGAAACACAUCGGCAGCACCGGGAGGCAGAUUUGCUGUUCGACCGUCUUGAGUUGAAGGGGCGGUGAUAUUUUUUUUUAUACCUUCACAAAAAUAUGAACCCAACAAUAAUGAAAAAACAGGUGGAAAGAAAUAAUUUCUUGCACCUUUCUCUGCUCAUUGUGGUCAAUAAUUGAAAAUCUUCACACAUUUUAAAGCGUACCUAUAAGGUAUUGCAAGCAAUAAAUGAAAAAGUCAGCUCAGACCUAUGGUGCACUGAUACAGGAUGUCUUAUGCUCACAAUAUAGUUGACAUUGCAUUUGAGAAACAUUAAAGCAUCUAAUGGCUGCCUCUUUGCUUGAGGGAAUAAUUGAAGCUUUACACUCUGUAGACUGAAUUAAAGGACUACUGUGACAUAAUUUCACUUUGACGAACAUGUAGAGUAUGUAGCAUGGAAAUAAGCUUUGCAAAGCUGGCAAGGCUGGCAAAUGUCUAAUGUUCUUAUUAGCAGCCUUUGAAUAGCACCUAAGCAGACAAUGCAUGCACAUGGUGGUUAGCGAUAUGAUUCAAAUGCCAGCAUGUCGCCUCCCAAGAUUUUCAAGCAAAACAAAGCAAAAACUAUGUAUUUGCUAGGUUUCCAUGAUGCAUCCACUGAUAUUGCAAAUGAAAAUUUUGCUCGGGGGCUGCUUUAUACCUAUGCUAAUUGAAACUAGGCUUUUUAUGCAGUCCAACACUGUUUUGCAGUUGGCAUUAAGGCCUGAUUUCAUAUCAUGAGAUGUUGAUUGGAUACUUGGUCUUUGCGUUUGAUAUUGUUUGAUGUUGCUACUGAGUGUAUUGCACUUGUGUAUGCCUGCUGUCUUUUCAAAGCAUGACUGAAUGUCAGCACAGUGGGCUUUGGGACCUGACAAGUUUACCUUGGUGCUGUUGUAUAACCUGUAAUAUGUUUCGUGAGGAAGCAUCUACUACAGCCCCCCCUCCCCUUGUUUUUAUACAGUUGGUCUAUGAUGGUAUUUGCUUGCGAUAAUCAAGUUCUUGGUGUAAAGAAUAAGCAAAUUUAAGCCAAAACAUUCUGCUCAUAGAAGAUCCAGCUGCUGACAUUUCUUUCAGUGUUUCAGUUACUGUGUGUUAUAAAUGUAUGUAGUUGCUGCUAAAAUAGGAAUAUCUAUGUUUUGUUUUCUUUUUAUGUGUCCAUAGGCAUAAUUAAAAUGCAACCACUCAGGUGAACAGUUACUGCAAUUACAUUCUGUUUUCCUUCGCCCAUCAAGUGCAUGAAUCUUGGUUCAUGGAGAACUACAGAGUUUAUUGACAUAUUGUGUAAUAUUGUCAGUGAAGGCCUGAUUUCAUGUCAUGAGAUGUUGAUUGGAUAGUUGUUUUUUUAUCAGGGAAUGGGAAGCUGCUGGGUUUACAGAAAUCUAAAGCAAAAUAUGUUGCAAGCUUAGUUACGUAUGUAGUGGUAGAGCUUGUCUUUGGCAUUGCUAUCUUGUGGCCAUGCUGUGGAGCAGAUUUGAGGUUUGAAUGUGCCGAGCAUUUUUCUCGACCCUGUGUUUAAUGUUAGUGUGUAUACUGUCUAAAGUUUAUCUUGAGCAUAGCUUGGUUUUUAACACACAUAUCCUGGAGGCCUUGUGGCUCACUGUGGCCAAUAACUCACUUCAAGCUGAAAGUGAUUGCCUUUUCUUGCUAGCAGACUGCUAGAUCUCAUUUCAGAUCUCAUCACUCCAGGUCCACCUCUUCAUUGUGUAUCUGUUUAGUUUGCUUUCUAUUGUUUAUGAAGUCAGAAAAGCACUAGAAGGUGCCUUAUGUGUUUUUUUUUUUUUUUCAGCUGAAUGAAAAGUACCUGGUUAGCGUUUCACGUUUCUAUACUCUAUGUAUUUUAUUUCUUAUAGUUUUUCUCUCGUGUCUAUUUAACAACUCGGAACAUUUGUACUAAUUUGCACUAGCCUUUCUGCACUGUUCGCACAUAAUGCCUUAGGCCUACUUUCAUGCUUUGUGUUAAUGGUCAUUCAUGCAUCACACAAGGACUUCUCUCGUUCCAUUGAUUUGCAUGAAAAUGUAAGAGGUUGUUGCAAGACUGUAAUCCUCCUGUCUUUGGAUAUAUAUAGUAAUCUGUUACACAUGUAGCAGGCAAUGCUACGAAGGCUGGAGAUAGACUUAUUUAUUAUUUAUUUAUUUAGUACCCUCAGGGCUUAUGCAGUAUUACAGUUGGGAGAUAAAUUAAGAAAUAAAUACAUAAAGUGCAGCUAGUACACAUUCAUAACAAACACUGUGUUAACAUUUGUGUGUUCAAUAACAUAUUUGACAGCCGGCAGGAAACAAGGCACGAGGCAUGAAAUAAUCAAGAAUGAAAUAAGUAAAAAAGACUGUGUGCUGAAAAAUUAAUGCAAAUAGAAACUUACUGCGCAUACAAAAAGACAAGGCAUCAUGUGCUGUACCCAUGCUGAUCAGGCACUUAUUUUUAUUAUGCUGUGCAAUCGGAGAGGCAUUUAAGAAAAAUGAUAAAACUUAUCUCAUUGCUCACAUUCGCGACCAAUAAUAUAAUUUGAUGUAAAAUUAAGUUUCAUACUUUGAAGUCCCAAAAUAUGACGUAUUUAUUGCAUGAGAGGUGUCCGAUAUCUGAACUCAUUUACCACCAUACGAGCUGAAUGACAUAUUUAUGCGCCCAGUGGCCACAGCACUCACAACCAAAAUAUAGUAUGUUGCCUAUACUGGAAGCGCAAAUGUGCAUGAGUAAUGUGAUUUGACAUAAACUUGCUUUCACAAGUAGAUCUUCUGUAGAAAACGUCGCAGAUCAAAAACAAAUGACCUGGGAAAGGCACGGAGUGAGACCUUUAUGACAGGACUAGUUGCGUAGCUUCCGUUAUGUUGCCUGUUAAGUAUGAAACACUGAGUAUAGCUCUUGUCAUGUGGACCAUUGCUUGUGCAGUGCUCAGCAUUGCAUUAGUGAUAACUCCAGAGAAUGUUCCAAAUGCUUGCAUCAUUUGCUGUACUAGCCUUUCUUGCAUUGCAGCACUAUUGCUUGAUAGUUGAGUACAGAGCUGCUUUUGCUUUGUCAUGGUUGUCAUGUAUGUCAUUCUAAUGGCAGGGAGACACUGCAAGCGUAAUUCAUCUGUGCUAGCCUUGAAUGCUCAUUCAUAGUGGUCACUUCAUUUAGUGUUUAGGAGACUUGGCGGGACAUUAAAGAGAAACACUAAAUCGAUGUAAACAGAUAAUGUUCUUUCAGAAAUCUAUUUUUGUUAAUUUCACAGCAGGAGCUUGAGCACUGGAAGAAAAUAGCUUUUAACUUCAAUUUGUUUUAAAUUUUGCAUCAAAACAUCAUCACGAGUACAUUAGUGUGAUGUCAUGGAUGUAAAAGUAUUUUUUCAUAUUUUUGCCUUUGUGGUGGGAUUCACGCAUCACACACACAAAAAAAAAAACACUUUUUGGUGCAGUAAAAGUUGCCGAAACUUGUAAAGUUCAAUUCUUGACUCAUGAAGAAUACAAUGUAGUCUAUUUUUUACUGAUAAGCAAUUAAUUAGGCCUGAGCUUCCGCCAUCAAAAUCCGUGAUUGCCUUCAGUUGGUGCAAGAACUUCAAGGCAUUGUUGUCGCCAGUCUUUCACUUUUCUGGCUUACUAAGCCUCCUCUCGCGAUAAGAGUGGCUUUAUUGUACUGGUAGAAGGGUAGCUUGCUAAUGCAAAUUGGCCUGCUUUUUCUCCUUAGUGUUUUUUUAAACAUGUAAAGAUCAUUCUGAGCUGAUUUGUGUUUACUGUAGGAUAAAGCUUUCUCCCAGAGUUCUCCAACUACUCCUUUUUCUGAGCCAGCCAAAUCCAACCCUCUAAAUUUUCUAGUCUUUUCACUUCAUCUAAUCUUUUGUUGACUGUAUUAUCUCGCCUUUGGGACCUGUUAAACCGCUCAUCUCUCAAACGCGCAGAAUAGGCAGCUUGGCACACUUAAGUAUACAAGCACUUAGUUAUCUUUCUGCAUGCUAAUUGACUGUGUGUGAAGCGCUCGACUACCUACUGAUCCCUACCCAUGAAUGUGGGAGCGUUGACACCGUCACCAAAGGUGGGGGGGGGGCGAUGAUUUUGCACGCCCUUUUGUCAUGUUUAAAUGCCUACGGCAAAGGACCCACAAUGGCAAGCACUUUUCAUGCAGUCUAUGACUUGGGCGGAGACGGUGCCAAGAAUUCCCCAAUUGAAGAACAGCCCAGUCGUUGAAAGCUCAUAGAGGCCAGCAUAGUGACAGUGUAGGAUUCAACAAAAAUGCUCCUUUGAUGGAGUGAUUGUAAAUUGCUGGUGUGUGUGUCACUUCUGGUGUUCUAUGAGCGCAGGCCUGCGGACAAAUUACGCAGAGACGGGAUGACAGAAAUUAGAAGCAACCUUGCAGCAAGGAAUCGCUAAGAGUGUAGGAUUAAGAGAGAGCGAGCCAUGAUGGGAAAGAGUGCUGGAUGCUUGCCUUAAGUCAAACAACUGUGCUAAAGAGAUUAGACACAACCCAGUAGGUGGUAGCUUAAAUUCAAUUAUAACCUCAUUGGCUAGGGGAAUGUUGAGGCGGGCCAGCAGUUGCAACCUCUCCUCUUUACUUGUUUACUGAAAUGUAUUUAAAGGCUAUAUGGAACCCAUUCCUUUCAGUCUAAGCUGUAAUCACUGAACUGACAGAUCAGUAAGACUCCAUACGAUGCAACUCUAGUCUGAGUCCUAAGCACUUGGUGGUUGAACAGUGAGACUCAGUUGGUCAUAUGUAGGGACAGUUGUCCUAGGCUCUAACUUAGUAAAAGUAGAAGAGUAAGGCACUGUUUACUUCUGUGUUUAUCAUCAGUGUUCUUCUGCAAACUAUGCAUUUGACUGAGUAAAUGUUUUCACUGCAAUAUAUAUCCAAGCUUGUUACUUCCAACCUACCUCUUGCUUCAUCAAUGUCGAUUAUCACCUUGAAGACUUGAUCAACUUCAAGGAAAAAGAACAAACUUUACUGCACCCAUUCUGUUACUCUCCUGUACCAUGAGCUAUCUGUUCUACACAGUACAUGACCUGCCAAGUUUUUAUUCUUAAUCUGAAUUAGAAUAUAAUUUAAUUUAUACUGCUACCUUGCUAUCUCCUAAUGUUAUGCCAAUUGUUAUGCUGUUGUCAUUUGUCACUCCUUGUGCACUUCUGAGCUUCCUGUUGUGAAUUAAGGAUCCUACACCGUACUCUCCAAUCAGAAUCAGAAUUUUAUUAUUAUUUUAUUUAUUAUCAGUAAGGCCUCUGUAGCAGAACACAUCGCCAUUACCCAGCACAGUGUAUGCCUUACCACUCCUCCUAACCUCACUUAGCCCUAUGACAUCCCAGGCAUUGCGUAAAAAUUUGUCAUUUUUGCAAGGGUUGUUUCACUCUUUAGGGUUGUUGUGUGAAAUGUUGCCAAGUUCAGUUUCCAAUGGCAACCUAUCCAGGUGCAAAGAUUCUUGGAUCCCUCUGCUACGUAGCAGGUCUGACUGCUACCUUGAUCUGGGGUUCAUGCUGUGCAGCCACUCAGUACUGUGGGGCAAAGGUUAAGUGUGAUGGUCAUGUUGUAGGUAGUGGCCAGUUACUGUGCCAGGGUGGCCAAUCCUGUUUGGCGAGGGAGUGUCGUUUGUAUUUCAGUGAGCCUUUUGAAGUAUAACCUUACUGACCCUCCAUACUUUUUUUUGCUGGAUCUAACACCACGAAUUGAAGUGUGAGAAAGUCAGUGAACAAGAGUAUGACUUAGCAUUUUCUAGGACUCGUGUAUGUUGAUAUUAAAAAGCUACAUCAUCUUAAAUAUAAUUUUGGUGUUAGCUUCAUAAGACUGCAUGGUGGCACUGAGAUACAAAUAAAUUACAUAACUAAAAACGUUUACAAUUACUGGUAUUUAUUACACCAAUUUUUCAUAUAUCAGCGCCGCUAUGCAGUCUUGGGGCCCUUUAGAAUACGUGCGCCGUGUUGCAGCUCAUAUUCCACACGACUGUGCAAGUUGUAAUUGACAAAAGAAUUAUGGCAGAGCUGAGCCAAGACUUGGUUGUGCAUGAAGCGGAAUCAUAUGUUAAUGUUUUACAUCACCAAACAGUGAUCUGACUUAUGGUGGUGGCCACUUGUAUGAAUGUGCUGAGGUCUGCUUUCCACUCUUUGGUGGCUUAAUUUGAGAGAGCUGAUAGGCAUGUAUGGGUGAGAGACCUUACUUGGCAAUAUGUUCCAGGCCAUGCCUUGUCUGAUUUUGUAUCACCUUGGUGGGGCUGUUCGUUCUUCAGUAGUAGCAGCAAAGUGUACACCGUGUGAUUCCUUGUGGAGUCUGAAUUUCUUGUGGUUUGUUACACGCCUUGAAUUUUAGGGGAGGUGUCACGAAUGGGCUUAUUGCAUGUGCUCACUUGCUGGCCACAUUGCAUUCUACCCAGCUUAUUGUAGUGCUGUUGUAAGCACUAAUUUCUCGUGUCUCUGCCAAGCACCUUCUUUUCUACAGGUUAGUCGAGGAUAUAUUCAUGUAAGAAAAAUUGUUCGUCUCUGUGUAUAUAUGACUCUAACUUACCAGAAAAUUGGACCCCUCUGUGAUACUUGUUCAUCAUGUCACAGUGAUAUAGUGGGUCUAGGUGUGUAUGCAGUUUGUUAGUGCGAAUUUAGCAAAUGACUCUUGUGCUUGCUGUUGUUGCAAGUAUGACAUUGCAUUUUCUGUAGCUAGAGGAAGGUUGCUUUAAGCAUCCUUCUUGAGACUUGUGACAUGCUUGUUUACAUAGUGGAUUCUACAAAGGAUUUUUCAGGAUUGUACCAAGAUAUUUGCAAGUAUUUUUGCAUUUUUCUAGCAUUUUGUAAGUGCGUUUUGCAAGAACAGAAAGAAUACGCAAGACAUGCUCACCUAAAUGAUGCUGCAUCUGAUCAUUGAGUCAUUAUUUGUGACCAUUGUAACUACAGUCUUGUACUCUGAAUAAACAUAU